AAAUGCUGUGAGCAAGAGGUCAUUCACGUCCAGUUCAGGAAGGCUUGAGUAGAAAUGAUUGGUCUGCUGGUCUUAAUGUUCCUGGGGGCUGCAGCUGCAGCCCCUAUGGAUGACAAGAUUGUGGGAGGUUACCAGUGCGAAGCUCACUCUCAACCCUGGCAGGUGUCCCUCAAUCUCGGCUACCACUACUGCGGCGGCUCGCUCAUCAACGACCGCUGGAUCAUCUCCGCUGCGCAUUGCUGGAAAAACCCCUUUGCACAGAUUGCCAUCUUGGGUGACAACCACAUCUGGAUGCACGAGGGCACGGAGCAGUUAAUGCCAGUGGAUGCCAUCUACUGGCACGAGAAGUAUGACUACAGGACCCUGGAUCAUGAUAUCAUGCUGAUGAGACUGGCCCACCCUGCGACCAUCAAUGAGUAUGUGAAGCCUAUCGCCCUUCCCAAAGCCUGUGCCAACCCUGGAGACAUGUGCACCGUCUCUGGAUGGGGGAACAUCUAUUCCGAUGAAGUGUUCAACCCAUUUUACCUUCAGUGCGUGGAAAUCCCCAUCCUCUCCUACGAGGACUGUGAUGGCUCCUAUCCUGGUUUAAUCACUGAUCGCAUGGUUUGCGCCGGAUACCUGGAGGGAGGCAAGGAUUCUUGUCAGGGUGACUCCGGCGGGCCUCUGGUGUGUAACGGGGAGCUCCAGGGAAUUGUCUCUUGGGGCCAGGGCUGUGCUCUGCCUAACUACCCGGGUGUUUACACCAAAGUCUGCUCUCUGAUGUCCUGGAUCAAUGACACCCUUUCCAGAUACAGCGGGCGUAGAAGUCGGAUCGAGCAGGCGGUAGCGUCACUGGCGCAGGUGGUGAGGGACAUUGGAGCCCUGCUCCAGGGCCAGGCGGAGCAGCAGACCGCAGCGCUGGAGGCGCUGGCGGCGCUGGCGGACCAGCUGCUGGAGCAGUGUUGCGUCGGGGAGGAGGAUGUCCGGGACGAGAAGGCGCAGCUGAACCGACGGGUGGACGGGCUGAACGAGACGCUGCUCAGGCGGACCUCCAAGGAGGAGCUGGCCGGCCGCCUCAAGGAGUUUGAGGAGGGUCGGCAGGCCGUGGAGCGGAGGCUGGAGGCCGCCAAGCACCAGAGCGAGGUCCAGGAGGCUCUGGGGCCCCAGGCGUGCAGCGCUAAAAGGCUGGAGAGGCUGAGGAGCCAGCAGCAGAGGGGGGCGCAGAGACUCCAGAACCAGGCCAAGGAAACCGAGGAGGAGGAUGAGGACGUCACGGACAAGAUGGAGUCGUGGCUGCAGGGUGUCGGCGAGGUCCAGGGUCACGUGCAGGACGUCUUCUCGCGCCUCCCCGACCUGGACGACGAGCUGGACUCCUUCGGCCCCGUGGGACGCGACGCCGACUCCCUGGCAAUGCAAGCCGAGGCGGCGAAGGGCUUCCUCUCCCGCCUGGCCGACCUCAGGGCGGAGCUGGAGGGCCACACCACGGACGGCACCGCUGCCGCGGGACGGCUCCUCGCCCGACCUGCUGGCUCUCCGGAGGGAGACGGAGGCUCUGAGCCGCCAGGCCGGACGCCGGCGACAGGGUGCGGGACUUCUAUUAACACACAGGCGGUGGUGGGAACGGAGGUGGAGAUGAUGAAGCAGCAGCUGCAGGAGUUCAAGGCCGUGGAGCGCAAGCAGGUGAAGCUGCAGCACGUCAACGCCGUGGGUCAAGGUCUCAUCCAGAGAGGUGCCAAGCACACGGACACGCAGGGUCUGGAGCACUACCUGGAAGACCCGGCCACCAGGAACCUGGGAGACCCGGAGUGGGCUGAUCCUGGACAGGAGGGUGAUGACACAGAGCUGCCUGAGACCCGAACAUGCCGGCUGCCGUGCGUGUGCGUGUCUGCCGGAGACCAAGCACAUGGUGCCAGCGGGAGCACAGCUAGUGGGAAGAGCCACGGGCCGGACGUAGUUGUUGAGGGUGGCGGGGGAGCUCAGCUUGAUCAGCAUGAUGUCGUUGUCAAUGUUGUAGGAGCUGUAUCUGGGAUGGCGGAUGACCCGGGAGGAGCUGAUGAACUGCUCGUGAGGAAAAAAAGAGAGCUGUCUUGCUAUAAAAACCCAGGGCUGCCCUCUCAUCAGCACGAUCACUCUGCAACCAUGAGGUCUCUGGUCUUUGUUCUGCUCAUCGGAGCUGCUUUCGCCCUUGACGACGACAAAAUCGUCGGAGGGUAUGAGUGCCAAGCCCACUCUCAGCCCCAUCAGGUGUCCCUGAACUCUGGCUACCACUUCUGUGGCGGUUCUCUGGUCAACAAGGACUGGGUCGUGUCUGCUGCCCACUGCUACAAGUCCCGUGUGCAGGUGCGUCUGGGAGAGCACAACAUCAGGUACAACGAGAACACCGAGCAGUUCAUCAGCUCCUCCCGUGUCAUCCGCCAUCCCAGAUACAGCUCCUACAACAUUGACAACGACAUCAUGCUGAUCAAGCUGAGCUCCCCCGCCACCCUCAACAACUACGUCCGGCCCGUGGCUCUUCCCACUAGCUGUGCUCCCGCUGGCACCAUGUGCUUGGUCUCCGGCUGGGGAAACACCAUGAGCUCCACUGCUGACGAGGACAAGCUGCAGUGUCUGGACCUCCCCAUCCUGUCUGACAGGGACUGCGAGAACUCCUACCCUGGAAUGAUCACCGACGCCAUGUUCUGCGCUGGAUACCUGGAGGGAGGCAAGGACUCUUGCCAGGGUGACUCCGGUGGCCCAGUUGUGUGCAACGGUCAGCUGCAGGGUGUUGUAUCCUGGGGCUAUGGAUGCGCUCAGAGGGACCACCCUGGUGUCUACGCCAAGGUUUGCAUUUUCAACGACUGGCUGGAGAGCACCAUGGCUAGCUACUAAGUGAUCCAACAGGAAAUACAGUCAAGCAGCUAAGCAGAAUUAGCUGUUUAUGUUCCAUCUGACUGCCAGAACAAUAUAAUAAAUAAUCAAAAACCUGA